CGACAUCGGGUUCGACAUUCAAUGUUGUCAUCUGCUCUUUGGAAAAUAGUUCACACGAGUUGACGUUUUUAGGCUGAAAUACAAAAUCACAAUGUUGUCAGGGAAACUGUUACCAAAUGUCCUGACAAAUGUCACGAAAAGAAUUGUAUGCCAAUGCAGGAGGUACUCGCAAAAUGAGUCGUUAAAGAAAACAUGUCUGUAUGACUACCAUAUUAAAAAUGGUGGGAAAAUGGUUCCAUUUGCUGGCUGGAGCAUGCCUGUUCAGUACGCAGAAGGAAUCUCCGAGUCUCAUCUCCAUGUUCGGUCAGCUGUUGGACUGUUUGAUGUCUCCCAUAUGCUGCAGACUAGGGUUACAGGGAAAGACCGAGUGCCCUUUGUAGAGAGUAUGAUAGUUGGGGAUGUGAGAGGACUUAGGGACAACCAGGGAACCCUGUCUGUGUUUACCAAUGACAAAGGAGGAAUUCUGGAUGAUCUGAUCGUGUCCAAGACUGAAGAGGGAUAUCUGUAUGUUGUGUCCAAUGCUGGCUGUGCGGAGCAAGACUAUAAAAAUAUGCAGUCUCAAGCUGAGCAGUGCAGGAGGCGAGGGAUGGAGGUGGAGGUACAGAUGAUCUGUAACGGACUGCUGGCCCUUCAAGGUCCGUCCAUGGCCAAGGUGCUACAGGAGGGUGUUGACUUUGACCUAAACAGUCUGCCUUUCAUGACAAACAAAAUGGCCACAGUGUUUGGUAUUCCUGGCUGUAGAGUGACCAGAUGUGGCUACACCGGAGAGGACGGGGUUGAGAUCUCUGUGAGUCCAGAAAGAACUGAGAAUUUGGCCAGUGCUCUGACGGGAUCCUCAAGGGCCCCCGUCAUGAUGAUUGGUCUUGGAGCACGUGACACUUUACGAUUGGAGGCUGGGCUCUGUCUCUAUGGAAGCGACAUUGAUGAAAAUACAACUCCUGUAGAGGCUUCACUGACAUGGACAAUAGGAAAAAGACGACGAGAAGAAGCCAAUUUUCCUGGAGCAUCGAUUAUCUUAAAGCAGAUCAAGGAAAAGCCAGAAAGGCGGCGAGUUGGUUUUCUCUCCUCGGGAGCCCCUGCAAGAGGACACACAAAAAUUUAUGAUGAAUCUGGCUCCAAAUUAAUUGGUGAGCUGACAAGUGGUUGUCCAUCUCCAUCACUGAAAGGAAAUGUUUCUAUGGGCUACGUCAAAACUUCUUAUGCAAAAAAUGGAACCAAGGUGAAGUUUGAGGUCAGAAAGAAAAUGUUGGAGGCUGUUGUAUCAAAAAUGCCUUUUGUGCCAUCAAACUACUUCUCCCCAAAGUAGACUUAUUUCUAGACUAAUUGAUAACAUUGAAAUAUUUGAUGGUUUAAGUAUUAAUUAAGAGUUUUAUUGUGAUAACUAAAAUUUUAUGGCAUACCAAUUAAGAGAAAAUAUAUUGGCGUAUUAAUUAAUAUAUGCAGUUUAGGAAAAAAAAAUUCUGUUGCAGCAAAAUUAGGUUUUGAGAUGAGCACUGUGUGCUAAAUUUUCUGGAAAUUUUGAAUCUCUGCAGAUUAGGUGUACAAAAAUUACUUUUAAUAUCUGUCACAUCUAGUUUGUAUUACAUAUAUGUACAUGCAUUUGAAGUGAAGAUUUUGAUAUUAUUUUAGUGUGCUUUUACUUUAUAUACAAUUGUUGCACAGCAUUAUUUUUGAUUUUUGAUUUUGUCAGCUUAACUUUAUAAAGAAAGCUUUAUAUUGUAAAUUACAUGUGUGGAAUUAAAUGUACAAGUGAUCUGUGAGUUACCUGGGUGUAGUUUUUCAGGGAUCUGCGAGUUACCCGAGUAAUUUAUUCAGAGAUCUGCGAGUUACUUGGGUGUAAUUUAAUUAUUCAGAGAUCUGCAAGUAACCUGGGUGUAAUUUUUCAGAGAUCUGUGGGUUACCUUGGUGUAAUUUAUUCAGAGAUCUGUGAGUUACCUGGGUGUGAUUUAUUCGGAGAUCUGUGAGUUACCUGGGUGUAAUUUAUUCAGAGAUCUGUGAGUUACCUGGGUUUAAUUUAUUCAGAGAUCUGUGAGUUACCCGAGUGUAAUUUUUUAGAAAUCUGAGUUAUCUGGGUGUAAUUUAUUCAGAGAUCUGCUCUAAUGUAUUAAUGCUGUUAUACAACACAUCCAUUUUUUAUGAGAUUUUUGAAUAUUUGUGGUGCUCCAAUAAAAUAAUUUAAAUGUGA